UUAGUCCGCCGCUCCCCUCCUCAGUGUUAGUCGCAAGGGAGGUUGGAGCGCAACGUGAGGAGAGUUUCGCGCGCUCUCUCCUCUCUCCUCUCUCUCUCUCGUUGCUAAGUUGUUUUAUAUUUAACAAAUGUUUCGUCGACGUUAAUCUCAUCGGCAAACUUCGUGAGGGCGAGGGCGUUUCUUCAACGGGUUUUUGUUUUCUAUUUGGAGAAGACUUUGCAAAGAAAUCGUCUCAGAAGUUGACGGGGGAGGUGGCGGCGGCGGUGGUGGUGGUGGUGUUUUAUUUAUUUUUGAGGGUUUGUUUGGUGACAAUAACUUGGGGCGGGGAGGGGGGGGGAACAGGGGAAGAGAGUCCGGUCCACUGGACUUUUUUUUAAUGUUAACCUUUUUUUAAUAAAAAAAAUCAUUUUUAAUUCUUCCGGCGCUUAACUAAAAUGUUACAAUAAUCUGAGGGGUGGGGGGGGAGGCGCGCGGGGAAAUCGACACAAAUGUAAGAAGAUACAAUUUUAUGAAGAGGAAUACAACAUUUUAAUUUGUUUGUGUGUGUGUGUAAAAGUAGGCUUAAACGGCAUAGAAGACGUGAGGAGGGGAUUGGUGUAUUAUAGUUUAUUACACUCGGGGGAGUGCGUUUGUAACUUUACACGUAAUCGUUAGCGCGGACUUUUCUUCAAGACUUGAGACAGAGAGAGAACUAGAAUAAGAAAGAAAGUCUCGGAAAGUCUUUUGUUGUUGAGUUGAUCAACGCUUUAUUUUGUUUAACACAACAACAACAACAACAAAACCCCUCCCUCCACAAAUGGAGCAGCUUCUGUCCCUGUUCGCCCUCCUGGUGAUCGUCGUGGGAUCUUCUGGCAAAGGGCUGAACUGCUUGGACCCUCAACUGGCGUGCAUGAACGGAGGCCGCUGCGUCACGAGGCAGACCAACGCCACCGGAGCCUGCGUGUGCCGCUCGGGCUUCGUGGGCGAGCGCUGCCAGCACGAGGACCCGUGCCGCAGCUCGCCGUGCCUCAGCGGCGGCUCGUGCCGCCCCGUGCUGAUGUCGCGCGCCGUCUCCUACCUGUGCACGUGCCCGCUGGGCUUCGCGGGGCCCCGCUGCGCCUCGCCCAUCGAGAGCGCCUGCUCCAGCUCGCCGUGCCUCAACGGCGGGCGCUGCCAGCUGCUGACGCUCGCCACCUUCGACUGCCAGUGCCCCGUCGGCUGGGCCGGGGAGCUGUGCCAGCGGCCCGAGCCGUGCGCCUCCGCCCCCUGCGCCCACGGCGGAUCGUGCACGGCGCUGGCGUCUCAGUACCGCUGCUCGUGCGCGCCCGGCUACCGAGGCGCCGACUGCCGCGCCGACGUCGACGAGUGCUCCGGGCCCGGCAAGCCGUGCCGCAACGGCGGGACUUGCGUCAACACCAUCGGCUCCUACGUGUGCCAGUGCCGCGCCGGCUACGGUGGGCGCGCCUGCGACAGCGCCCACGUGCCCUGCUCGCCCUCGCCGUGCCUCAAUGGGGGCACCUGCCGUCAGCCCACGGACGAGACCUACGACUGCACCUGCCUGCCAGGCUUCCUGGGCUUGCACUGUGACGUCAACGUGGACGACUGCCAGUCCAACAACUGCCAGAACGGCGCCACCUGCGUCGAUGGCGUCAACACCUACAACUGUCACUGCCCCGAGGAGUGGACCGGCCAGUACUGCACGGAGGACGUGGACGAGUGCCACCUGCAGCCCAACGCGUGCCUCAACGGGGGCACGUGCCACAACACGCACGGCGGCUACAACUGCGUGUGCGUCAACGGCUGGAGCGGCGACGACUGCAGCGAGAACAUCGACGACUGCGCCAAUGCCGCGUGCUACAACGGCGCCACGUGCCACGACCGCGUCGCCAACUUCUUCUGCGAGUGUCCCAUCGGCAAGACCGGCCUCCUGUGCCACCUGGACGACGCGUGCGUGAGCAACCCGUGCCACGAGGGGGCUUUGUGCGACACCAACCCCAUCACGGGCAAGGCCAUCUGCACGUGCCCGCCCGGCUUCUCCGGCGGGGCCUGCAAGCAGGACAUCGACGAGUGCUCCAUCGGAGGGAAUCCGUGUGAGCACGGCGGGCGCUGCAUCAACACGAUGGGCUCCUUCCGCUGCCACUGCCUGGGCGGCUACACGGGCGCCCGCUGCGAGAUCGACGUCAACGAGUGCCAGUCGAUGCCCUGCCAGAACGACGCCACCUGCCUCGACCAGAUCGGAGAGUUCACCUGCAUCUGCAUGCCCGGCUUCAUGGGAGCCUUCUGCCAGAUCAACAUCGAUGAGUGCCAGAGCAAUCCGUGCUUGAACAAGGGGGUGUGCACGGACAAGCCCAACGGGUACCACUGCGACUGUCGCUCAGGCUUCACGGGCAGCAUGUGCCAGAUGGACAUCGACGAGUGUGCCAGCACGCCCUGCCUCAACGGGGCAAAGUGCAUCGACCUGCCCAACAUGUUCGACUGCGACUGCCCCGAAGGCUUCGAGGGCGAGCUGUGCGAAGUGAACGUCAACGACUGCGACCCGGACCCGUGCCACCACGGGCGCUGCCAGGACGCCGUCGCCGGCUUCACGUGCGCCUGCCUGCCGGGCUACAUGGGGCCCCGGUGCGAGAAGCAGGUCAACGAGUGCCUGAGCAACCCCUGCCAGCACGAGGGCAAGUGCGUGGACCUUGUCAACGGCUAUCAGUGCACGUGCCAGCCCGGCACGGGAGGGACCAACUGCGAGACGAACUAUGACGACUGUGCGAGCAGCUCGUGCGAUUACGGCGUGUGCAAGGAUGGCAUCAACAGCUACGAGUGCGUGUGCCAGCCCGGGUACACAGGCCCGGCGUGCACCAUCGACGUGGACGAGUGUGCGUCCUCGCCGUGCCACAACGGGGGCACGUGCCGCGACGGCGUCGACGGCUUCACCUGCGCCUGCCCCGACGGCUUCCAGGAGCCGGCGUGCAUCGAGGAGCUGGACGAGUGCGCCAGCAGCCCCUGCACGCACGGCGGCUGCCUCGACGAUCGCAACGGGUAUCGGUGCGUGUGCGACCCGGGCUGGAUCGGGAGGAACUGUGACGUGGAGAGGGAUGAGUGUGCGUCCGGGCCGUGUCUCAACGGGGCCACGUGCUACGACCAGCUCAACGCCUACACCUGCAUCUGUCGCGCGGGUUUCCGCGGCAACAACUGCCAGAUCAACGUCAACGAGUGCCAGUCCAACCCCUGCCUCAACCGCGGGAUCUGCCACGACGGCAUCUCGAGCUACACGUGCCAGUGCAACUUGCCCUACACCGGGCGGAACUGCGAGACGGUGCUGGCCCCUUGCUCCGGGACUCCGUGCCGGAAUGGUGGCAGCUGCCGGGAAUUGCCAGAUUUCUCCGAUUUCGCCUGCUCUUGCCCCAGCGGGUGGCAGGGCCGGUCGUGCGACGUGGACGUGGACGAGUGCGUGUCCGACCGCUGUCGCAACGGCGGAGUUUGCCGCAACACGCUGGGCGGCUUCUCGUGCGAGUGCCAGCCCGGCUACACCGGCCACAGUUGUCAGGUGGAUGUGGACGACUGCUUGCCCGCCCCGUGUCAGAACGGCGGCACGUGCUGGGACGGCGUCAACGCGUUCUCGUGCGUGUGCCGCGCGGGAUUCGCGGGGCGCCAGUGCCAGCACGAGGUGGACGAGUGCGCCAGCGCGCCCUGCCUCAACGGGGGCAACUGCACCGACUACGUCAACAGCUACACCUGCAAGUGCCGGCCCGGCUUCAACGGCAUUCACUGCGAGAACGACGUGCCCGACUGCACCGAGAGCUCCUGUUUCAAUGGCGGCUCGUGCGUGGACGGCAUCAGCAGCUACAGCUGCACGUGCCGCGUCGGCUACAGUGGCGCCAACUGCCAGUACGACAUCAACGAGUGCGACUCGCAGCCAUGCAUCAACGGUGCCACGUGCCUCGACGGGCUGGGCUCGUACAAGUGCACGUGCCCGCACGGAUACACGGGCAACAACUGCCAGAGCCUGGUGGACUGGUGCGUGGCAGCGCCGUGCAAGAACGGCGGCACGUGCUCGCAGUCGGCCACCGCCUUCCGCUGCGAGUGCCCCAGCGGCUGGACGGGCCUCUACUGCGACGUGCCCAACGUCUCCUGCGAAGUGGCCGCCCUCCGAUUCGGCGUGUCGGUGGCGCGGCUCUGCCAGCACAGCGGCAGCUGCAUGAACGUGGGCAACAGCCACACGUGCCACUGCCAGGCCGGCUUCACGGGCAGCUACUGCGAGGAGGAGGUGGACGAGUGCGAGUCCAACCCCUGCCAGAAUGGGGCGACCUGCAACGACUACCUGGGCGGCUUCUCGUGCGAGUGCGUGCCAGGGUAUCACGGCGUGAACUGCGAAAAGGAGAUUAACGAGUGCCAGUCGCAGCCCUGCGAGAAUGGAGGAACGUGCAUCGACCUGGUCAACAGAUACAUCUGCUCGUGCCCCCCUGGCACAGAGGGCGUGCGUUGCGAGAUUAACCGCAACGACUGCCUGCCGAGCGUGGACCCGGUGACGCUGGAGCCGCGCUGCUUCAACGGCGGCUCGUGCGAGGACCGCGUCGGGGGCUACGCGUGCUCGUGCGCGCCGGGCUUCGUGGGCGAGCGCUGCGAGGGGGACGUCAACGAGUGCCUCUCCAACCCGUGCCAGCCGCCAGGCACUCUCGACUGCGUGCAGCUCGUCAACGACUACAAGUGCCGCUGCCGGCCCGGGUAUUCCGGGCGGCACUGCGAGAACAUCGUGGACACGUGCCAGUCCCAGCCGUGCAAGAACGGCGGCGCGUGCAUGGUCACCAUCAACACGCCGCACGGCUUCAUCUGCAAGUGUCCGCAGGGUUACCAUGGCUACACGUGCGAGAACAGCUCCUACACCUGCGGGAACCUCACCUGCCUCAAUGGGGGGUUCUGCGUCCAGGGCCCCGUCCUGGGGGCCCACUGCUUCUGCCCAGCCAAGCACACGGGGCCCGAGUGCCAGUUUCCCGCCGACUCGCCCUGCCUCAACAAGCCGUGCUACAACGGCGGGGCGUGCGAGCCGCACGACGCCAAGCCCUUCUUCCGCUGCCGGUGCCCGCAGCGCUUCAAUGGCCUGCGCUGCCACUUCCUGGACCCGGGCUUCUCCGGGGGCGUCGGGCAGGACGUGACGCCGCCGCCCACCUCCGUGCUGGAAGAGAGCUGCACCCAGGCCGAGUGUCGCAGCAAGGCGGGCGACCGCUACUGCGACCUCGAGUGCAACGUCCACGCGUGCGGCUGGGACGGCGGCGACUGCUCGCUCAACUUCGACGACCCGUGGCGCAACUGCACGAGCUCGCUGCAGUGCUGGCGCUACUUCGGCGACGGGAAGUGCGACGAGCAGUGCGCGGGCGCCGAGUGCCUCUACGACGACUUCGACUGCAAGGAGAAGAAGACCGCCAAGCAGUGCAACCCGCUGUACGACCAGUACUGCCGCGACCACUUCUCCGACAAGCACUGCGACCAGGGCUGCAACACGGAGGAGUGUGGCUGGGACGGCGGGGACUGCGUGACCACCACUCCGCCGCGCCUGGCGCGCGACUCCCUCGUCCUCGUCGUGCUGCUGCCGCCCGAGCACAUCCUCAACGACUCGGUCAACUUCCUGCGCCGCCUCGGCUCCAUCCUCCACACCGGCGUGCGCUUCAAGCGCGAUGCCACCGGCGCCGAGAUGAUCUUCCCCUACUACGACGAGUACGACGGCGCCGGCGGCGGCGCCGGCGGCGCCGGCGGAGGAGGAGGAGGAGCGGCGGCGGCGCUGAGGAGGGCGGUGAGGUCGCUCGUGGUGCUGCCGAGGUCUGUCCGGGAGAUCGACCGUGAAGUGUUGGGGUCCAUCGUGCACCUGGAGAUUGACAACCGCUUCUGCAUGAAGCCCAACGAGGAGUGCUUCUCAAGCUCGGCGGACGCGGCGGCGUACCUGGCGGCGCAGGCCGUGCACCACUCGCUCGACUUCCCCUACCCCCUGCAGACAGUCGAAAUAAUGAACGAGCGCCCAGACCCCGGCUUCAACCCGCUCUACGCAGUGGGCAUGGCCGUGGCCGCUUUGGCCGUGCUCGUCAUCGGCAUGGGAGUGCUCAUCAAGGGCAAGCGGCGCCGGGAGCACGGCACGCUGUGGUUCCCCGAGGGGCUCGUGCUCACCUCCAAGGAGGGCGGCUCGGGCAGCAAGAAGCGGAGAGAGCCUGUCGGGCAGGACGCGCUGGGCCUCAAACACCUGAAGCACGCGGAGGGGCUGAUGGACGACAAUCAGAACGAACACUGGCUGAGCGAUGACGGCAUUCCGCCGAGCAAGCGCCUCCACGCCGAGGAGCAGGCCAUGCUGGCCGGGGGGCCGCGCGUGGCCGACCCCGUGGACCCGAGGCCCUGGACCCUGCAGCACCUGGAGGCGGCCGACAUCCGCAUGCCGCCCGCGCUUGCGCUCACGCCGCAGGGCGACCUCGACUCGGACUGCAUGGACGUGAACGUGCGCGGGCCCGACGGAUUCACGCCGCUAAUGCUGGCGUCAUUCAGGGGCGGGGGCCUGGAUUCUGGCGCCCCGGACGAGGACGAGCAGUCCCUGCUGCUCCUGCAACAGCAGCAGCAGCAGCAGCAACAGCAGCAGCAGCGCUACGACGAACCGGUGGAAGAGGGCGGCGCAUCAGCCAGCGUCAUCACCGACCUCAUCUUCCAGGGCGCGUCGCUGCAGGCCCAGACGGACCGCACGGGCGAGACGGCGCUGCACCUGGCCGCUCGCUACGCCCGCGCCGACGCCGCCAAGCGUCUCCUCGACGCCGGCGCCGACGCCAACAUCCCGGACAACAUGGGGCGCACGCCGCUCCACGCCGCCGUCGCGGCCGACGCGCAGGGCGUGUUCCAGAUCCUGAUCCGGAACCGGGCGACGGACCUGGACGCGCGCAUGCAGGACGGCACGACCGCCAUGGUGUUGGCGGCGCGUCUAGCCGUCGAGGGCAUGGUGGAGGAGCUCGUGAACAGCCACGCCGACGUCAACGCCGUUGAUGACCACGGCAAGUCGGCGCUGCACUGGGCCGCCGCCGUCAACAACGUGGAAGCGACGCUCAUCCUGCUCAAGAACGGCGCCAACAAGGACAUGCAGGACUGCAAGGAGGAGACGCCCCUCUUCCUGGCGGCGCGGGAGGGCAGCUUCGAGGCGGCGCGCCUCCUGCUGGAGCACCACGCCAACCGCGAGAUCACCGACCACCUGGACCGGCUGCCUCGCGACAUCGCCCAGGAGCGGCACCACCACGACAUCGUCCGUCUGCUCGACGACUUCACCGGCGCGGCGGCCGCGGCCGCCGCGGCCGCGGCCGCCGCGGCAGCCCACAUGCGCAGCCCGGGCCUCAUGGUCGGUCCCGGCCAGGGCCCGCUCGGCUCGCCGUCGUCGGCGGCGCAGAUGUGCGGCGGGGGCGGGGGGGGCAUGGGCAUGGCCAUGGGAAUGGGCCUCGGCUUCCUGCCCAUGAAGCAGCAGCAGAUGCAGCAGCAGCAGCAGACGCCACAGGGGAAGAAGGCGCGGAGGCCGAGCAGCAGCAAGGGGGGGACGCCCAGCGGCAAGGAUGGCAAGGGCAAGAAGCUGAAAGGCAAACCGGACGGCAAAUCCCGCCCGCUGGUCUCUCUGGACGGCGUGCUGAGCCCUCCCGUCGAGUCGCUGGAGUCUCCCGCCGCCUCCUACUCGUCGGACAACAUGUCGCCCCCGCUGCUCACACCGCCGGCCCUGCUGCACUCCUCGCCGCAGCAGCAGCAGCAGCAGCUGCACGGCGCCGGCGCCGUCCUCCUGGCGGACGCCGGAUCCGGCGCGUCGCUCUACGACGGCCCGCGUCUCUCCCACCCGCCGCUCGGCCACCACCUCCACCUGCAGCACCAGCAGCAGCAGCAGCAGCAGCAGCUGCUGCUUCAGGGCGCCGGCGCUGGGUACGACGGCAUGGCGGGCGUGGGUGGCGGCGACUGGCUGAGCACCGUGCCGUCGAUCGCCAUGCAGCAGCAGCAGCACCUGCAGCAUCACCACCUGCAGCAGCAGCAGCAGCAGCACAUGUUCGCACAGGCGACGGUCAUUCCUGGUAUGGCUGCGCGAUCCGCUCCGAGCCUGCAGCGCAUGCGUUCUAUUCCCGGCACCGGCAUCGCCAUGAUGCCUUGCCAGCAGGUUGGCCUGCAGCAGCAGCAGCAACAGCAGCAGCAGCUGCAACAGCAGCAGCAACAGCAGCAGCAGCAACAGCAGCAGCAGCACCUCCAGCCGGUGGUGCAGCAGCAGCACCAGAUUCAGCUGCAGCACCAGAUGCACAUGCACCAGCGGCAGCUGCAGUCGAUGCAGCAGCAGCAACAGCAGCUGCAGCAGCAGAUGGUGGCGCAGCAGCACCACCUGCAGGUGCUGCAGCGCCAGCACAGCAGCCUGAGCACCAGCGGCGGCAACGGCGGCAACGUCGGCGCCGGCGGUAACUUCUGCAAGACGGAGCCCAGCCUCAUGCAACCGCAUAUGGGGCCCGACGCGGUCCUGUCGGCGGUGCCGGGGGCGGCCGGCGUUGGCACCGGCGGCGGCGGCGGUGGCGGCUCGAUGGUGGACAAGUACCCGACUCCGCCGUCGCAGCACAGCUACGGGGGAUCUCCGCACGACGCUGGCAUCGGAGGUGGCUCCGGCGCGACCGGCGGCGGCGGCGGCGGCGGCAACGCGGGCAGCGGCGGAGGAGGAGGAGGAGGAGGCGGCUUGGCGUCGGCGCUCGGCUUCGCUGAUCUCGCCUACCUCACGCCGUCGCCGGACUCGCCGGAGGCGUGGUCGAGUUCCUCGCCCCGCUCGGCGUCCGAUUGGUCGGAGGGGAUCCAGAGCCCGCCCACCGAGCCGAUGGGCAUGGUCGGGGGGGCGGCCGCCGCCAUCAUGACCUAGCGGGGCAAAGGCCCCGACGCCCGGCACCUGUAGGUGGAGGGGGCGGUACGGGAAGUAGGUUGUUGUUGUUGUUGUGUGGAAGUGGGGGGGGGUUGUUGGGCCUGGCUGGGAUGGUGACAGGGGUGGUGGGAGGGGCCACCUGCCAUCAUGACUUGCUGCUAGCCGGGGGGAAGUGCUCUGCUCUAACAGGCUGUGGGCAGUACGGAAAGUAGGUUGGGUUUUUUUAUUUUCUCCACGCACGCAUCUGUGCGGUGGGUUUCCUCCCUGAUGGCGGCCAUCUUAUCGUCUUCACCUAAACAAAACAGAUGGCCAAUACGGAACACAGGCGGUGGAUUAUUAUUUCGGCUGCGUGCUCGAAUAUAAUUUUGGGCCUCUCUACGGUUGCCUACGCGCACGAAGCCGCACCCGCCCGCCUCCACAGCGGAAUUUGCGGCCCCUUUGAGACUCUGCGAGGCUCUCCUCCCCGGCUGAAUAAAAGGACAUUGGGUUUUUUUUUUUUAAAACAAACACGUGCAACGUGUGAUCACCUACGCGACGCAACAUGGGUUCGCAAGCGGCGGGAGAGUUCCUCGCGCUUUGACCCCAACCGCAACGCAACUCCUUGCCGAUGGGCGGUCGUCAACUUCUCCUACCCCCCCCCCCCCCCCCCCCCGACCAACGUCGGUCGACCGUGGUCACUGCACUGCUGGAUGAAGGGGCCUCCGGAGGCGUUCUCGGUCCGCACGCGCGCUAAAUAACAAGAUGGUUCCAUAACCCGCGGCUCGGUGUCACGCGUACGUACGUACGUACGAACGAACGCGUUGACGCACGCCCGUCCUUAACGCGCGCCCCACCGCUGUGGUCUUAAGCCCGAUGUUGCCUUGCGGCAGUUUGGUCCACGACUGGUGGUCGCCCCCCUGCGCUGAGGAAUUAGAUUGGCAAAGGCGCAGGUCUGCAAGUGCUUUGCCCUCGAGCCGCUGCUGGCGGGGAAAGCGCCGCCAGUUAUGAGGGAGUUCUAAAGGGGGAAUCGAGGGAGUUUUGGUUGCCUCUGUGGGGGGGGGGGGGGGGGGGGGGGGGGGUUACCCGUACACCAUCCCGGUUGACCUGCCAAAUCUUAACGAUUCUUUAAACAUGUAUUUUUUUUAUUUUUACCAGCUAAAGAAGGCCCCACUGAGCUCUCCGUAGCUGUUUUUCAGAGAAGCCACCCUGGCCAUCGCAAAUGGGUAGCUCAACCAUCGUGGCCCGUCAUCGUCAUCGUAGCAGCGGCCAAAUACUCUCAACGCGCGCGACGUUGAUUCUGAAUGUGGAGGGGGGGAAAACCGAAGGAGCCGGAGAAAAAAAAAUCGACGCGACUACGGGG